AUGUAAAUUAAUUGCACAGAAAAAGAUUAAUAAAUUCUACUCUUUUAAGUUUUUAGAAAACACUUUUUUCGCGAUUAAACCUAUUAUUUUAAAUUAACAAAGAAUUAAAUACUGAUGAGUCAAGUAAAUUAUAAUUUUAAUUCAUAAAUAGGAAAGCCAAUUUGUGAAAACGAAAUAUAGUUUAGCUUUGAAUUUAGACACACAAUUUGAAUGGGUUGUUAGAAACCAAUAAUUAGUUGGAUUCCUAUUCCCUUAUUAGAACAGAAUGAAAGAGUUUAAUGGGGAUUGCUAAAAUAUGAAUGAAUUAAAAUAAGCACUUGGAAAGUUAAUUUUUUUUAAAUCUCUCACAGUACAUUAUAAACUGAUACGACAUUUAGAUUCAGGGACCUUUGGUUAAGUAUAUUAUUAUUUAAAUGAUAGAUUUCAUUAUAAUAAAAUUACAUAACUGGCAAGUUGCUUGCUAUUAAAACAUUAAUUAACACUAAUAAAUCUAUGUUAUAUUUAAUCGAAAAUGAAAUAAACAUACUAAGGACACUGAACCAUCCUAAUAUCUUAUCCAUUUAGGAAGUUUUUCUAACAAAUCUUACAUACUCUAUUGUUACUGAAUUUGUUGAAGGAAAGAAUCUUAAAACUCAAAUCACAGAAAUAUCAGAAUUCUCAGAAUCAACUAUUCUAAAAUUGUUAAAAGUAUUAAUUAAUUUUAUAAUAGUAAUUAUUUGAAGGACUCACUUAUAUUCAUCACAUGGGCAUAAUACAUAGAGACAUCAAACCUGCAAAUCUCAUGAUUACUAAAAAUGGAAUGUUGAAAAUAAUUGACUUUGGAUUAUCUUGCUUUAUUAGUAAUUAAUUUUAAGAGCAUCCUAAAUGUGGAACAUCAGGUUUUUGUGCUCCUGAAAUUUUACAAAAUUUUGAUCAUAAAAUAACCUACGAUUACAAAGUUGAUGUUUUUAGUGCAGGAUGUGUUUUAUACAAAAUGUUGACAUCUAAAGGUCUUUUCGAUGCAGAUACAUCGGCUGAAGUUUUAAGAAAAAACAGAAAUUGUUUAUAUUUCAUUAAAGAAUAAGGAAGACUCUUUGAUUUAGCCAGAACUUUUCUUCAAUAAAAUCCUCUCGAAAGAUUAAGCAGUUAUUAGGCUUUAUAGUUAAUUACAUCCAUGAUUGAAGAUGAUACUUUGGAUGUAAAUCUUUGGUACAGAAAAUAAUUUAAUUCCAACCAAUCAACUGCAUCUAAUCUCAGUCCAACACCCAAAUAAAGUGCACACAGUAAAUCUCAUCAAAAAACUUAAUCAAGUCCAAAUUAUUCAAGAAACUUUUUCCCUUCCAGCUCGAAAACUGACCGAUGA